AUGCAACUCCCUCAAGGCUUUCACAGCAAAGAGAAGAAUGUUGUUUGCAAGUUAAAUAAGUCUUUAUAUGGACUCAAGCAGGCCUCAAGGCAAUGGAAUGCAAAAUUUUGUUAUGUUGUCAAACAACUUGGUUUUAAGCAAUCCAAGGCUGAUUACUCACUCUUUACAAGGAGGCUUAGUGGUUCUUUCAUAGCAUUGGUGGUUUAUGUUGAUGACAUUCUCAUAGCUAGCAACAAUGUUCAAGAGGUUGAAGCACUCAAAGUUUCCUUAGAUCAACACUUCAAGCUUAAAGACCUUGGAGGUUUGAAGUACUUUCUUGGUCUUAAAAUAGCCAGAUCAGCCAAAGGGAUCAGCUUAUGCCAAAGAAAAUAUGCUUUGGAGAUUCUAAAGGAUGCUGGUAUGUCAGCUUGUAGGCCGAGUAAAGUACCAAUGGAGCAGAAUUUAAGGUUGAGCAAGCUGCAAGGUACUUUGUUACCUGAUCCUGGAGUCUAUAGAAGGUCAGUUGGUAGAUUGAUAUACCUAACAAUCACCAGACCAGAUAUAGCCUACCCGGUUCACAAGUUGAGUCAAUUCAUGUCCAAACCAAGGAAGCCUCACUUAGAUGCAGCUUACAAGAUUUUACAGUACAUAAAGGGAUGUCCAGGUCAAGGAAUUUUCUUGUCUGCAUCUUUAGAUUUUCAUUUGAAGGCUUACACAGAUGCUGAUUGGGCAGCUUGUAUAGACACCAGAAGAUCAACCACAGGCUAUUGUAUAUUUUUAGGUGAUUCCUUAAUUUCUUGGAAGUCGAAGAAACAAUCUAUAGUGUCUAGAUCUUCUGCUGAGGUAGAAUAUAGAGCUAUGGCUGUCACUGUGUGUGAGCUGACUUGGCUGCUGUCAUUGUUGAAGGAUUUAGAGAUUUGGCAUCCCCAACCUGCUCUUCUGUUUUGUGACAAUCAAGCAGCCAUUUAUAUUGGAGAAAACCCUGUGUUUCAUGAGAGAACCAAGCACAUAGAGGUUGAUUGUCAUGUUGUUAGAGACAAGGUACAAGACAAUGUAAUUAGGCUGUUUUUCACUCCCACACACACUCAGCUGGCAGAUUUACUCACUAAGGCCCUUAACAACUCAUAA